ACAGCGCUACUUUUCACGGCAUCGAUCACCUUAAAUUCAAUACUGUUGGAUUAAUCAUGAGCGACGCUGGAAAUUGGUGCUUGAUUGAAAGCGAUCCAGGUGUUUUCACUGAGCUUAUUAGCGGCAUGGGCGUGAGCGGCAUUCAAGUUGAAGAAGUGUUCAGCUUGGACGAGACCUCCUUGGACAAAUUGAAACCCAUCUAUGGCUUGAUUUUUCUGUUCAAGUGGCAGGGCGCUCAGUCCUCUAUGCCACACCCAGAUAGCCAGGAUGAUGCCAAUGAUCAUGUCUUUUUCGCAAAGCAGAUCAUCAAUAAUGCAUGUGCAACCCAGGCUAUCUUGUCCAUUUUGAUGAAUAAUUCGGAUAUAGAACUUGGCGAUGAUCUCAGUAACUUCAAAUCCUUUACUGCCGACUUUCCACCGGAUCUCAAAGGUCUUGCUAUAUCCAAUAGUGACCUCAUUCGAAGUGUUCACAAUAGCUUUUCAAGAUCGGAUCCAUUUAUUAACGAAAUGCAAGACUCGUCAGCACAAGGGGACGAAGACUUGUUCCAUUUUAUAUCCUAUGUCCCUGUUCAUGGCGCUUUAUACGAAUUAGAUGGCCUUAGCUCAGGGCCAGUCAAUCUAGGACCAUGCAAUGAGGAGAACUGGACAGAGAAAGCUAAUCAAGUAAUUAUGGAGAGAAUGAGAAAGUAUAGCGAAUCGGAAAUCCACUUCAGUUUGAUGGCUGUGACCAAAGACCGAAUAGAAACGCUUCAGGAACAAUUGGAUGAAUUCAGCGGGCUGCUCAUGUCACUUGGAGACGCGGAUCAAGAACAACGGAGAGAAUUUGAAUCCCAAAUCUCUAUUUUACAGUAUGAAUACGAACAAGAGAAAACAAAGCGGGCCAGGUGGAAGCGUGAAAAUCAACUUCGCCAGCACAAUUUCAUUCCACUCACUUAUAAUUUGCUUCGAAUUCUUGCCGAGCGUAAGAAGCUUCAGCCUUUGGUCAAUGCUGCAAAGGCAAAGAAACGAUUAGAAAGGGAAAGAUCUGAUAAGAAAUAAAGACCUUUUUCGUAGUUUACAAGUUCCGCGCUACAA